AUGAUGCUGCUCAGACUGGUAACCCUCGCGACAUCGCUGCUUGGUCUUGUUACACCGGCAUUGACGAUCCCAUCACCUGCGGCUCCCUUUAAGGUUAAACCAUUUCGGGUAAACCUUUCGAAGAAUGUUCCUCACAUGCUGGAUCUCAUCCGGUCAACACAGCUUCCGGCGAAACCGCAGUAUCCAGGGAUUGGGUCUUCCUUCGGGAUUGAUCUCGACGCUCUCAAAGCACUGAAGCAAGAAUGGCUUCAUGAUUUUGACUGGGAACGAGAACAAGCGUCUAUCAACAAAUUCCAUCAUUACGCAGUGACGAUUGAGGGUCUCCAAAUCCACUUCAUCCACGAAAAGUCCAAAGACCCAAACGCAAUACCAUUGCUUCUAUGCCAUGGCUGGCCCGGCUCGUUUCUAGAGUUUCUACCCAUCAUCAAAGACCUGACCCAACAAGCAAGAACGUCCACCGGCAGAAAUGUCUCAUUUGACAUCAUCAUCCCUUCACUGCCCGGGUUUGCAUUCUCAUCAUCCCCGCCACAAAAAUGGACGUUGGAUGACACAGCACGUGUGUACAACACGCUCAUGACGAAGGUCCUUGGCUAUGAAACCUACGCUGUCCACGGAACUGCUCAUGGCGUGGCUAUCUCGUUUACUUUGUACGAUGAGUUCAACGCCACAGCAAGAGCUGCCCAUCUUGUGUUUAUGUUCUUUCAUCCUACUACCCCUGAGGAGAUUUCAGCGAGGAAUAUUUCUCUUUCGCCGCUGGAGCAAUUCGAAUUGCAAAGGUCGGUGGAAUGGGGUGUCAAUGGUAUGGGAUAUUUUGUUAUGCAGACAACCAAGCCCAACACAGUUGGCUUGGCCCUACACGACAACCCUGUAGGACAACUAGCCUGGAUAGGCGACAAGUACAUUGACUGUAGGGUAGCCCUGACACAGGCCGCUGGCACAUCACUGACAUUCUUCACAGGGUCGGACCCAAGAGCCGGUACAGCCCCAUCCAUAUUAACGACAAACGAAUUGUUGCGUUGUGUUUCACUCUACUACCUCACGGGGACAUUUCGAUCAUCGAUAUACAUCUACGCUCAAGAUCCGGGUGCCUUUGAAAGAGUGCCGAGACGGGCGAGGACGGAUGCGCCGCUUCUUGUGAGCUUCUUCAAGUACAACACUGCUUUUUGGCCUCGGGAGGUGAUUGCAAUGGUUGGGAAUCUUACCGAGUAUCGAAAUCAUGAUUUUGGAGGUACCUUUGCCGGGCUGGAUAACCCGCCGGCUUUGAUAGAGGACUUGAGGGAGAUUGGAACUGACUGGCAAUAUUGAGACAGCGCAUUAGAAAAUUAUAUGCUUGGGUGGCUUUGAAUCCGACAGCUAUCAGUCUGCCGUUGACAAGAAGGGGCUCGAUAGAAAACAAGACCCUAACAAUUACCUAGAAAGCUUACCUAUAGUCCCCCACCG